AUGCUUGCUGCUGUCGUAAAGGAGUUCGGUGGUCCCAACGUGAUCAAAGUAUUGUCCAAUGUACCAAUACCUAAGAUAGAAUCCAGCGACCAGGUAGGAAGCCAUUUGGUUAUUUCUCUGCACUUUGAAAUUGAGUUUCUGCAUGUUCAUCCUUUCGCUGCCUACCGUAUUUCAUACCACGCACUUUCCAAAGAUUUUCACACCACAUCUCUCGUUCGUGUCGCGGCGUCCGGUGUCAAUCCUGUGGAUACUUACAUUCGAAAUGGACAGUAUGCUGCCAAGCCAAACCUACCGUACAGUCCUGGGAAGGACGGCGCAGGUGUUGUAGCGAAGGUUAGCACUUUUGCUUAUGAUACGGUUGGUGCUGAUGUUCGUGAUGUUAAAAAGGGCGAUCGCGUCUACUUCGCAUUUUCCCUCACUGGCAGUGCGGCCGAAUAUUGCCUCGCAGAUAGGGUAUUCCCGUUGCCGCCUGGUAAUGAGUGA